CCAUUGGCUUUUGUCUCUGUCGCCCCGACCAUAUGUGCGCACCACGUUGCGUUUCGUGCCGACGGUUGGCUCAAAUUCAUCCCGUUCGCUUGUCAAAGCGCCAUCAUUGAUAAUAAUGUGCAUCAGACUUCACACCUCGGCAUCGACAGCGCAAAAGCGAGGGUGUAAUUGCGAUGGCGACCAUGAGGCUGAAUCGAUUACCGCCAUGACGCAGGCAAUUGAGCGCGUUACCCCUCAAAGGAUAUAAUAGCUGGUUGUCUUCAUAUAAAACAACUCUUCUCAGUCAGUAGUGCUCGUUUUCGGCUAACCUUCCAGAAACAAUUCAACGUGGAACGUUAGUUUGCCGGCCCGCUGCCGCCACACUCAGAACCCAAAGCGCAUUUGCUGAAUAGAAGACAACUCCGCUAGGGCAGGAAGCCUCUGGCAGUGUUUCUCCCCGCCGACCAGAAUCGUGCCAACGCAGCGCCGCGCUAUGGAGGACACCGACUCGAUGGCUGGAAUGGGCAUGGCGCAGGAGCACAACCAUGGCCAUGGAAUGUAUUUCUGCGACGGCGAGCCAGUAAUGACGGAGGGCGGCUCAUGGAUCGGCCACUUCAUGCCGGGAGUCGUCUUCCUGCUGUGGGGCGUCCACUGGAUGCAGGGCAUCUUUAGGAAGUACUUUGACAGUCGGCGGCCCAAGGGACCCGAGUACCGGGCGCAGACGGUGCACGGGCUGGGCCGCGUGCCCGCGUACGUGGAGAGCUGUUGCAAGGCCUUCCUGCCCAUGAUCGCGAUCUCGCUGGAGCUCUACUUUGCGCACAAGGGCGGCUGGCGCACCAUGGUGUGCCCUGCCGGCACGCCGCGCGCAGGCCACUUCUACGGCCCGCACAUGGGCAACUGGCAGCACGCGUCCAUGUACCCGCCCUUCAUCCUGGCAGGUCUGGUGGACCUGGUUGGGUAUGAGGUCGAGCUGCCGUACGGCACUCAGCAGGUUUUCCUCUUCAUGGCCUUCGUCUGCGAGACUCUGUUGAUGGCUCUGCACAAGAAGCAUACACCGCUGGACACCGCCGUGCACUCCGUGCUGAUGUACACCAUGGCCGUCACGGCGCUUUUCGUAUUGCUGGAGCUGGCGCAGCCCCGCAACUUCCUCAUCAGCUGCGGCCGCGUGUUCGGCACGCUGCUUCAGUCGGCCUGGUUCUUCGCCGCAACCCACAUCAUGUUUGACCACGUGCCGUUCUGGGACGAGGCCGAGGGUGCCGACAUGGGCCCGGCCAUGUUCGUGCCGGUGGUGUUUGUGGCGCUCAUCGUGUUGGUGCUGGCUGCAAUGGUGCUCGCAUUCCUGGGCUUCAACACUUUCUACAAGAUCCGUGACGCGCGCGGCGCCGCCUACGAGCGCGCCGGCCUGCUGGAGGACGAGCCGCCGCGCCACAGCGCACACAGCAACACCUACACGGCACAGGCCGCCCAUUGCGGAGCCGGCGUCAGCGCCACCGCGGUCUCGGCCGGCGGCGCCGUUCCGCUGUCCACCUUCGCAUCGCACACCGCUGGCGCUGCGCACGCGCACGGGACCAGCUGCCAGGUGUGAGGGGUGUGUGGGAGGCGCUGCUGUGAGGAGUCUGGCAGGGAACAGGGGCGCUGCGGUGAAACACAGCAGGGACCGCCGCCGCGGCGGCGGUAGCGCGAGCGAGCAGCGGGCGGCAAUGGCUUAGCGAGCUGUGAAUGUUGAGCAGUGAUACCAAUGCUAUCUGGGCGGAUAAGGGAGUUGAGCUCUGAGUUGGGUGGAGGACAGCGCCAUUGGCCUGGCCAAUGGCACGGGACACCGCAGCGGGGGCGGGGGUCUGCACGCGAGCGCGGCGUGCUGAGCUGCCUGCGCGUGUGUGUAUGUGUCUGCACACGCGUGGUGGUGUGGGGCACCGACAGAUAGAAGAAUAUAUGACGGCAUGGCGACAUUGCGGAAUAUGUCUGGAACGCUGUGCACUGCUGGCUCAUCACACGGGUGGCUGGAGGAAAGCACAAUGCGAUACGGCCCUUGCCCGGACACAACCCAUCCACUGCUGCGAGUCUAUUGCCUGCAGCGGCAAAGCGGUCUGAAAGGGCGAGGUUGCAGAUAGGCUGCAGGGCGUGUAUAACCUGUUUCCAUUGAAGUUCAAGCCUACGCACAAGUUUUGCGCCGGCAAGCCUCCAUGUUUCUUGCAUGCUUCCUCAGUGGGGUUUGCAAGCCUGGCGCAUGCGGUUGGCAAGCAGCGCUUGUGCUCAUAAUUGUUGUAGCCAGCACGCAAUUUUCCAGCGAUAAAUGCUGCGUGUGUGGAGGCGGAAGGAGCUACGCGCCUGUGGGCCCUGUCAAGUGACGGUGGCGGGCGUUGUACUGCGUGUUGCGGCGGGUGGAGACACUUAAGAGGACUACUGCAAUGGCACGGGCGAAUGGCGCCCUACAAUGAUAUAUCUUUGAUCAAGUUUGUAUUGCGGGUAUGACAAGUACCUUUUAGUGGGGUUGCAUUUGCGUGUGUCUUACGUACUGGGC